UCCAGAAUAAAUACAGAAUGAAUUUCGCAGUAGUAAUCCAAUCUACAGAGCUAUAUAACACCUAGCAAGGAUAUAGUACAGCUUUAUUUGAGGUUGUAAUCGAUUUUACGAGUCCUUGUUCAGAGGAACUGUUAAACAUCAACUAAACUUCACAGGUGGCUAAAACAAAGGGACAAUACGUUUUGUGAAGGAGCAAUGUGUUUAGCGGCUAUUAGUGAGCCAGCAUUGAGACUUAGCUUUGGUUUAACACAAUGGUAAAAUCAACGCGGGCUAUGUUCAAGGAGCAAUGUGAAUUCUAUUCGGAGAAGAUUUUUUCAGCAGCAAAAUGGUAAUCAACGAUAGAAAAUUAGUUUUAUGUUUUUUACAUCAUGUUUACAGAUUUCGUGAGGAUCAUGUUAAGUAGUUGCCGUAGGAACUAUAAAACAUCACGACUGUUAGUACUGACUUUACUAUCCCAAACGUUCAGCCGAUACAUACAUCUUGAGAUUCCUCAGCUGAGAUGUUGUUUGUUUUUGCGACAUCCUUCUUCUUUGUGGCUGCUGCUCAAGGUUGUCAAGACAAACAGUCGUAUUGUGCGAGUUACGCGCUCAUUGGCUCCUGCAUGAAACCCGACUUCUACAGUCAGUGUCAACUCUCUUGUGGUGCUUGCGUUUGUACAGAUGCACUGAAGAAGGAUGAGUGUGUGAUGUUGAGAGAUCAGGGAAAAUGUCUCAGUAAUUAUCAGGAAAUGGAAAGAAACUGCAAGGCAACAUGUGGGUUCUGCGGAUGCAGAGAUGAAAGCAGUUACAACUGUGCUACAAAAGCAGCGGCAGGGCAAUGCAUUACUGACAAAUUAAUGGUUACCAAAUGUCCUCUCUCCUGCAAAUUAUGUGGAGAUUGUGGAGAUAACACAUUACAGUGUGUGCAAUGGGCAGCACAAGGAAACUGUGCCACUGAGACCAACAAGAUGAUUACCCACUGCCCUGGGUCCUGUGGUAUUUGUGAGUGUGCAGAUGGUCCAGGAAUGGAAGGAGAAUGUGCAAGAAGGGCUGCGCUGGGAGAAUGUGAAUCCAACAUAUCUUACACCUACACGCACUGUGCUGCAACAUGCAACCUGUGCCCUUUCAGAGGGAAGAUUCCAAUGGAUCCACGAACUGAACGAUCAACAAGCAACCCUAGAAAUGUCGAGAUAGAGAUAGAAAUGUCCAAAACGCUAAUAUGCUAAACAGGUUCAGGUUGAGCUUUAACAGGGAGACAGCUCGGGAGGUGGUGGUAGCAGUGACAGUGACAGUGGCAGUGAAGGUGGCGAAGAGGAAGAAGAAGAAGAGGAGAAUGUAAUUUAAGGAUAUUAUUGCUAAUCAGAAUUCAGAAACAUUUCUGUGGGAUGGACAUUGUUAUUAGGAAUCGCGUCAGUAUGGCUAUUU